AUGGCGCUUCUCCUUCCUCCGUACCUCCAUAUUUUUUCUGUUUCAUUUCCUCCACUUCCAUGGAGUUCUACCCUUUGAUCCGCUCUAAAUACUAAGUCUUUCCUUGGUUUCAAAGCUCUCUGCUUUUCUCGCUUUUGGCCAUGGCGUUUCGCGGUUUCUUUCGCUUCCCCUGUGUGGUGGUUCAUUUCUUCUUCUUCUUGUUAUUGGUUUCCGUCAUUGGAGAGCAAGAAGGGAGAAACCCAGAACGGCAAAUUCUGUUUUCUUUUAAGGGUGCGCUGCAAAGUCCGCAGCUGCUUUCUUCAUGGAACCGUACGACUGACCACUGCGACUGGGCCGGUGUCACGUGCCAACGGGGUCGAGUCACAGCUCUUGCUCUUCCGGGUCGGUUUUUGAGAGGUCCUCUUUCGCCGUCGCUUUUCUUUCUUUCCGGCCUUACCGUCCUCGACUUGUCUUUGAACCUUUUCUAUGGUGAAAUCCCUCCGCUGGUAUCCAACCUGAAGAGUUUGAAACAGCUAUGUCUUGGGGAUAAUCAGUUAUCGGGGGACUUGCCUAGUCAUCUGGGCGGGUUGACGCAGCUGGAGACCCUGAAACUCGGGCGCAACUUUUUGGCCGGAAAAAUUCCAUCUGAGCUUGGGAACCUGAAAAGUCUUCGCACACUGGACCUCUCCGGCAAUGCACUUUCUGGGACAGUGCCGAGUCAACUCGGGGACUUAACUCGGCUUCAGUUCUUGGACUUGGGUAAUAACGUUCUUUCCGGUUCUCUCCCUUUAUCUCUGUUUGAAAACCUACAGUCUUUAUCAUCGUUGGAUAUUUCCAACAAUUCCUUCUCUGGUGAAAUCCCGCCUGAAAUUGGUAAUUUAGAUAGCCUCACUGAUCUUUACAUUGGUAUUAACCAUUUCACUGGGGGGUUGCCGCCGGAAAUCGGAAAGCUUUCACUGCUUGAGAACUUCUUUUCUCCAUCUUGUUCAAUAACAGGGCCUUUGCCUGAAGAACUUUUCAAUUUGAAAUCACUGAGCAAGCUCGACCUUUCUUAUAACCCAUUGAAGUGUUCGAUCCCAAAGUCCAUAGGGAAGUUGCAGAAUUUGAGCAUAUUGACUCUUGUUUAUGCUGAGAUCAAUGGGUCAGUGCCACCGGAGCUUGGAAAUUGCACGAAGUUGAAGACUUUGAUGCUGUCAUUCAAUUCAUUAUCUGGGUCCUUGCCGGAAGAGCUUGCAGAGCUGCCCGUGUUGACAUUUUCUGCUGAGAAGAACCAGCUUUCAGGACUAUUGCCUUCGUGGAUUGGGAAAUGGAACCACGUUGAGUCGCUCUUCCUUUCCAGCAACAGGUUUUCAGGUGAAAUCCCAUCUGAGAUUGGAAAUUGUUCUAUGUUGAAGCACCUUAGUUUGAGCAACAACUUGUUAACGGGUCAUAUACCAAGAGAGUUGUGCAAUGCUGGGUCUCUCUUGGAGGUCAACCUUGAUGGCAAUUUCCUUACGGGGACCAUAGACGAUGUGUUUGUGAAGUGUACUAAUCUUACCCAGUUGGUCUUGAUUAAUAAUCAGAUCAAUGGCUUCAUACCGCAGUAUCUUUCAGAGCUCCCAUUGAUGGUUAUUGACCUUGACUCAAACAAUUUCACCGGUAGCAUUCCUCUCAGUUUAUGGAGUUCUAGUGACUUGAUGGAGCUUUCUGCUGCAAACAAUCAGUUACAAGGCUCUCUGCCUAGAGAGAUUGGUGAUGCAGUUUCCUUGGAAAGGCUUUUUCUUGGUAACAAUCAGCUGAAUGGUACUUUACCAAAGGAGCUCGGCAAUCUCACUGCUCUCUCCGUGCUGAACUUGAACUCUAAUCUGUUACAAGGGAAUAUACCAGUUGAGCUAGGAGGCUGCAUUUCUCUAACCACAUUAGAUCUUGGGCAUAACAAUCUCAAUGGGUCGGUUCCAGCGGAGCUUUCUGACCUGGAGCAGCUGCAAUGCCUGGUUCUUUCUCACAAUAAUUUAUCAGGUUCAAUUCCUUCAAAGCCAUCCUCAUACUUUCGUCAAGCUAAUAUGCCUGAUUCAAGCUUCCUUCAGCAUCAUGGGGUCUUUGAUUUAUCCAACAAUAAAUUGUCUGGCUCAAUACCUGAAGAAUUGGGAAACUGUGUUGUGGUGGUGGAUCUUCUUCUCGGCAAUAAUAUGCUCACUGGCAAAAUUCCUGGAUCACUUUCUCAUUUACCUAAUCUUACAACCCUGGAUUUGUCUGGAAAUUUACUUUCAGGUUCUGUUCCAGUGGAAUUUGGUGAUUCCCUCAAGCUUCAAGGCUUGUAUUUGGCUAAUAACCAGCUCACAGGUACCAUCCCUGGAAGCUUAGGUCUUGUGGGUAGUUUGGUGAAGCUGAAUUUAACUGGCAACAAGUUAUCUGGCUCUGUUCCUGCCAGUUUUGGGAAUUUGAAAGGGCUCACUCACUUGGACUUGAGCCACAAUGAGCUUGACGGUGAGCUUCCUCCAUCUUUGUCAGGCAUGCUUAACCUGGUGGGGCUUUAUGUUCAGCGGAAUAGACUCUCUGGUGGGGUAGAUAAUCUCUUCUCUAGUUCCUUUGCUUGGAAGAUUGAAGUUGUCAACUUGAGCAAUAACCUUUUUAAUGGAAACUUGCCACAGUCUUUGGGCAAUCUGUCAUACUUGACGUACUUGGAUCUCCAUGGAAAUAAGUUUACAGGAGAAAUUCCUUCAGAUAUUGGCAAUCUGAUGCAGCUUGAAUACUUUGAUAUAUCGACGAACAGGCUAUCUGGACUGAUUCCAGAGAAAAUAUGUAGCCUGAUCAAUCUGUUUUACUUGAAUAUGGCUGAGAAUAGAUUGGAAGGCCCUGUACCCAUAAAUGGGGUUUGUCAAAAUCUGUCAAGAACUUCACUUUCUGGGAACAAAGAUCUGUGUGGGAGAAUUGUGGGUUUAGACUGCCAGAAGAACUUCAGCAGAUCCUCCUUGUUAAAUGCUUGGGGUCUUGCUGGGGUUGUAGCUGGAUGCACUUUUAUCAUUUUCACCAUGGCCUUUGCUUUACGGAAAUGGGUUAGAAGAAGCUGCAGGCAAAGUGAUCCUGAGGAGAUUGAGGAAAGCAAACUAAACAGCUUCAUGGAUCAAAAUCUCUACUUUUUGAGUAGCAGCAGGUCAAAGGAGCCUUUGAGCAUCAACAUCGCUAUGUUUGAGCAGCCACUCCUGAAACUGACGCUGGUUGAUAUUCUUGAGGCAACAAACAAUUUCUGCAAGACAAACAUAAUCGGCGAUGGAGGCUUUGGGACUGUUUACAAGGCUACUUUGCCUGAUGGGAAGACUGUUGCAGUUAAGAAGCUUAGUCAGGCAAAAACACAGGGACACCGGGAAUUCAUAGCUGAAAUGGAAACAUUGGGCAAGGUGAAGCACCAGAAUCUUGUGCCUUUGCUUGGGUACUGCUCUUAUGGUGAGGAGAAACUCCUUGUUUAUGAAUAUAUGAUAAAUGGUAGUUUGGAUCUUUGGCUGAGAAAUAGAACUGGGGCUCUUGAAGUCCUUGACUGGUCCAAACGGUUCAAAAUUGCAAUGGGUGCAGCACGUGGAAUAGCGUUCCUUCACCAUGGCUUCAUCCCUCACAUCAUCCAUAGGGAUAUCAAAGCCAGCAACAUCUUACUCAACGAAGACUUUGAACCAAAAGUUGCUGACUUUGGGUUAGCCAGAUUGAUCAGUGCAUGUGAAACCCAUGUCAGUACUGAUAUUGCUGGAACGUUUGGUUACAUUCCACCAGAGUAUGGGCAGAGUGGCAGGUCAACCAUAAAAGGGGACGUUUAUAGCUUUGGUGUGAUUCUGCUUGAGCUGGUGACUGGGAAAGAGCCAACAGGUCCUGAUUUCAAAGAGAUAGAAGGUGGUAAUUUGGUGGGUUGGGUGUCUCAAAAGGUGAAAAAGGGUCGAGCUGCUGAUGUUCUUGAUCCUGCCAUUCUGAAUGCAGAUUCGAAGCAGAUGAUGCUUCAAAUGCUGAGCGUUGCUGUGGUUUGCCUCUCUGAUAAUCCUGCUAAUAGGCCUACCAUGCUACAUGUCUUAAAGCUCAUAAAGGGUAUGAAAGAUGAGUAACUGUAAGCGUUUUAGCCUUUUAGGACUAUUACUCUGAGGCUUCCUUCUUGUAAUAAAGUACUUACAAAGAAGUUGGAAUCUUUAAAGAUGUAUGGCUCUCAGCUUGCUACUAACCUGAUGUAAAGUGCUUAUCAAGAAUUUAGAAGCUUUCAAGAUGGUCAUUGACAAGAACAGAACAACAAGGAGGCCCCGUAAAGAGGAGGAAAACACUUGGCUUGUGACCCUAUCUAGCUGUUUGCCCUGCAGACACCAAAAUGGACAGGGUAUUGGUCUUUUCUUUCUUUCAUCAAGGAGGAUAGAAAAAUCUUAGAUGCAUGUUGGUCCCAUGUGCAAUGUUAAUGGUUGGUGACCCUUCAGAAGUAAUGACUUGUGUCACCCUUUAUAUCGGCCUAAAAUUGCCAUUUCUCCAACCAAAUUAACCUGAAGUUUGAAGAUUGAAGGGUGGAAUUCCUAUGCCUAAUGUUGUGUUACCUAGCUACUUAAUUUUAUAAGAACCAAUUAAAUUUUGUCUUUGUUA